UUGGGCGUGGCCUUCGAGUAAGCGGUGACACAGCGGCCAAGUCCACCUUAUUAGAGUUCGCGCACCUACAUAGCUGAAGGUACUAGAUGUCCUGGGUAAGUGAGGAACACCCGUUUCCAUAGCCAUGAAUUGCUUCAGAACUCCAUCAAGCAACUCUUGGGUCUAUCCCACUGUGAUACUCUGCUUAUUUGGAUUUUUCUCGAUGUUCAGGCCCUCCGAAUCAUUCUUAAUCCCAUUUUUGUCUGAUCCCAGUAAGAAUCUAACUGAAACAGAGAUGACAAACGAGGUCCUUCCAGUUUGGACAUACUCCUACCUGGCCAUGCUGCCCCCCGUGUUCGUCCUCACCGAUUACCUGCGCUACAAGCCGGUCAUCAUGUUACACAUCGUGGCCUUCGUCAUCUGCUACCUGAUUCUCUUGUUUGGCCAAGGUGUGAUGCUCAUGCAGGUGGCCGAGUUCUUUUUUGGGGUCGUCUCAGCCACGGAGAUUGGCUACUAUUCCUACAUAUACAGUAUGGUCAGCCCAGAGCACUACCAGAAAGUGAGCAGCUACUGUCGGAGUGUCACCCUGGUGGCCUACACAAUGGGCUCGGUGUUGGCCCAGCUCCUGGUAUCCCUGGCAACUGUACCAUACUCUUACCUUUUUUACAUAUCCUUGGCCUGUGUCUCUGGGGCAUUCAUUUUCUCACUUUUUCUACCAAUGCCUAAGAAGAGCAUGUUUUUCCAUACGACGUAUGACAGAGAAGCCCAUCAAAAGCCACUGGGACAAGAUACUGUCCUGAAGGAAGCUCAGAAGAACCACAAGACAGCUCGCCCAGAAUUGCCUGCCACUUCAGGGAAGCCAGGGGACAGAAAGCUGAGCAACCCAGAACCAGAAAAUGUGACUUUGAGGGUCUUUGUGCAUUGGUUCGAAGAUCUGAAGGAGUGCUACUCCUCAAAGCACCUGUUUUACUGGUCCCUGUGGUGGGCUUUUGCUACGUCAGGCUAUAACCAAAUCCUAAACUAUGUUCAAGUCUUAUGGGAACACAAGGCACCCUCCCAAGACUCUUCUAUCUAUAAUGGAGCAGUGGAAGCUGCUGCAACCUUUGGAGGAGCUUUGGCUGCCUUCGUCGUGGGCUACGUCAAGGUCAACUGGGAUCUCCUAGGAGAGCUGGGUCUGGCGGUCUUCUCAGCUCUCAUCUCCGGCGCUCUGUUUCUCAUGAAUUACACACUCAACAUCUGGGUGUGCUAUGCGGGCUAUUUGGUGGUCAAAUCUAGCUAUAUGUUUCUUAUAACCAUAGCAGUAUUUCAGAUUGCCGUUAACCUGAGUGUAGAACGUUAUGCCCUGGUGUUUGGCAUAGACACCUUUAUUGCCUUGGUGAUUCAGGCCAUCAUGACUGUGAUUGUGGCAGAUCAAAGAGGGCUCCACUUGCCAGUCACCACUCAGUUUUUAGUUUAUGGAAGUUACUUUGCUGUCAUUGCUGUGGUCUUCCUGAUACGAAGCACAUACAUUAUCUACUCAGCCAAGUGCCGAAAGGAAGUGGAAAACCUUGCUGUCGCUCAGAGUCCCAAUGAGCCACACCUACAAGAGCCAAGAGAUGUGUCAACCAAGUUCUAACCCAGUUACAUCAACUCCAGUCACAGAAGGGAAGGAUUUCGAGAUGGGCAACCAGAAAUGCCUUCCACACCCGGAUACUCUGCCAGUAAGGAUUCAAAAACCACAAACAAACCUCAGCUUCAGGUUAGAUGUCUCUGUGCUCAGCUAAUUGCAGGCACUCCAUAUAGGCCAUCAUCGCUGUAUUAGUUACUCUCUGGAUGCUAGGAAAAUACCUAACAAAAUGCAACUCAAGGGAGGAACUCAGUUUGUUUUGGUUCACAGUUUUGGAAGGUACAUUCCGUUAUGGGAGAGAAGGCGUGGCUGCAGGAGAAAGUGGCUGCUGGACACAUUGCAUCUGCAAUCAGGAAGCUGAGAACAGUGAAACCUGGUGUUCAGAUCAGUUUCUAUUCAACAUACUACCCAGGCAGGGGGGUGGUGCUGCCCACAUUUAAGAUGAGUCUUCUCACCUCAGCUAACAAAAUGGAGAUAACCCCGCACAGAUAUUUCAAGAGGCUUAUAUCUUCAAUGACCCUUUAUCCCUUCAAGUUGACAAUACUGACUAUCAAUACUAGCAACUGAACAAGCCGCAUUGGGAACCCCCCAAGAAUAGUAAUAACUUGGAAAUUCUAGUUCUGAUGAGUUUGAAGAACAAGUGAAGGUCAUGGAAACAAGCUGUGAAGAAACGUAAGCCUCCUGAAGAUGACGACCCCUGAGUGCGCACAGUUACCCACAGGACUGACCUGUAACCGGCUAAAAAAACAGCACCUGAGACAGUUUUCGUCCUUGUCCACUAAGUAUACAUAUGUCUGUUUCAACUUACAGCUCUCUGAAAGAAUGACUGGUUUGCUCCCAUUCCUGAGAGUCCCUUUUCAACUCUGAAAAUACCAGCGUAUUUUCACAAGUUGUUACUGGAUUGUCUCACUGUUUUUUUUUUUUUUUUUAUCUUGUGGUCCCUUCUGGACUUUGUGUAGGAACUCUUACCCCAGGGGUCACUGCAGAUGCUCCCUUGUGUCCUUGAAAUGCUCACACAUCAGUUCCCAAUGGCCUGGGAGAGGUGGUGAGCCUUCGACCCACCAUGACCUAGAUAAGUGUUUGAUUGAUGAGCGCAGAACACUUCUAAAGGAAAUUCCAGCCUUUCCAGCAAUUUUUAUGCGUAAGAAAAUACUUUCAGAAAUUAAAUACGGUUUAAUUUAUCUCUAUGUUUGGUGCUAAGGAUCAAACCAGGGCCUCACAUAGGCCAGAGAAACACUAUGCCACAAUCCUUGGGCCCAUACUUAAUUUUUAAAUGGCAAGAGAUUAUAUUCAAUAAAAUAUGAAAAUUUUAAAAGAAUCCAAAUUUAUGCAUUUCUCUGAGUGUUGCCUAAGAUUUUUUGCCAUUUGAAAUGCAGUGGA